AUGCCAUCAUAUGCCAUAACAGGUGCAGCUCGGGGGAUUGGCUUUGAAUUUGUCAAUCAACUCUCCGCUGAUUCUGGGAACAUCGUUUUCGCCCUUGUACGCAAUGAGGCCACUGCGAACAAGCUUAAGGAGCUGGGAAGGCAUAAUGUCCACAUUAUCGAGGCCGAUAUCACUAAUAACAAGGCUUUGAAGUACGCUGCUGCAGAGGUUUCUCGAUUGACAGGCAACUCGCUUGACUACUUGAUCAACAACGCUGGGUUCGUAGAGUCUGAAAGAGAAGGAUUGACUCUUGAUUCGUACUCCUCAGAAGAGUUGCUCACUAAGGAUCUCCUGGAUUCGUUCAACAUCAACGUCGUCGGUAUCAUCCACACCAUCAACAUCUUCCUCCCGCUACUCAAGAACGGAAAAGCAAAGACAGUCGUCACUCUCAGUACUGGAUUAGGAGACCUUGAUAUGACGAUGGGCUCUGAAUUAAUCACCUCUGGACCGUACUCCAUCUCGAAAGCCGCGGUGAAUAUGGUCAAUGCCAAGUAUGCUGCUCAAUACAAGUCAGAGGGCUUCAUCUUUUUGGCGAUUAGCCCAGGACUUGUAGACACUAGCACCAGGGCCCCUACUGAAAAGGAACUGGAACAGUUGAUGGCGAUGAUUGGGAAGUUCAGAAACGCCUACCCCGAUUUCACGGGGCCAAUCACGCCAGAGACAUCUGUCCGAAUGCAACUCGAGGUCAUCAAUCGGAUCACCGUCAAUGACACUGGCGCGUUCAUCUCACAUAAAGGGAAUAAGGAAUGGUUGUAG